AUGGUCCAAAUAGUGCCAGAUGACUACUUCCCCCCAGAUGAGGAGGCUGAGGAGCGUGAUGUUGGGGCAACAACAAGUGCAACCACAGUAACGGACGCUGCGACACCAACGACGAAAUUGGACGGCCACGUGCCGCCGCUGGCGUCGAGCACACAGACGCGUCUAUUUGAGUUUGGCGUGGAGCGGAAUGAAGCGUUUUGCGCGGCCGUCGACGCCGUGACCUCGCUGAUGAAGGCGGGUGACUUGGAAGCCGCCUGCAGCCUCGUUGAGCAAAAUGGGUUCCACUUGGAUUUGGUGGCGGUAAAUGGAACGCUCUUAGCAAAUGGCGUCAACAUUAUGAUAGGCAUACUUGUCAAGCCUCUGUACGGCCUGGUGCUGGGCAUGCAGAAAUACUUUACAACUGCUGGCAUUGGCGCAGCGCUGCGCUACAUGCUGCCAGGGUCUGCCAACGCCACUUCUAGCAGCACCGGUGCAGCCGCUUCCAGAGUCCCCAACAGUGGUAAUGCGGCUGACANACCCUUGAGUCUUUUUGGAGUAAACUUACUCUCCUUUGAAGCGACUUGGAAGCGUGGUGUGGAGGCGGCAAUGGUUCUAUUUUGCGUGGUAAUUUGCAUACUGAUGCUGCUCGUGCGGUACCGCUUCGCAAAGUACUUCCAUGAGCUUGAUGUGCAGGUUGCUCAGGAUAGUGGUGCCACCGCGUGCAUCAGAGGUAUGAAGAGCCGAAAGCUGCAAAGACGAUUUGAGCCCAUGACUUUUUGCUCUAACGAAGAGUGCGACAUGCAGGAGCAGCAAAAAUUGCCGCCAGUUAUGGAAAAUGGCAAAGAAAGCGAAGACGAAAGUCCGUCUGCCCUUUCCACUACCAUGUAG